UAUACGAAAGGACUUUUAACCUAACAUUCAAGAUAUUUCUACAACGUGAUCGGACAACAUUCGUCUAAGAAUCCUUUUUUCCUUGCUCCCCCUCCUCCUCCUCCUCCUUCUCCUACUCCUUCUCCUCCACCUUUUCCUCUUACUACCGUCCAACUAUCCCGCCCUCUCUCCCUCUCUCUUUCUCUCUUUCUCCCCUUCAAGUAAAAAGACAGCUCGAGAGAGAUCAUUCAAUUGAUCUUUUCUCAGAGCAAGUCGAUCGAAAGAGAGAAAUUUUGUUUUUCUUUUUCAUUUAUCUCUCUCUCUCUCUCUCUCUCUCUCUCUCUCUCUCUGUUUCUCUCUAUGUCUCUAUAUCUAUCUCUAUCUAUCUGUCUCCGUACCCGCUUGUCCUUCCUCAUCUCCUUCUCCUGUUCGUUCAACACGCCGUCGAGAUACCCACGGCGCUCGGCUUUGUAGUCCACGAGCAGUGCCGCGUAUUAAAACGUUAAUCUCCGAUGUGUACUACCGGUUAUACGUACAGAUUGCUUGUUUCUCUCUCUUUCUUUCUCUCCCUUUGCCCCUCUCUCUUCUCUUUCUUUCUCUCUCCUUCUCUUGAUCGUUCCACCAGCCCUCCACCUCCCUUUUCCAAGUCCCCUAUCCUUUCGUCCUCCGGCUCGUUCGUGGUCGGUGCUUUCGCCGUAGCGCGUACUCGACCCAUCUCUCUCUCUCUUUCUCUCUCUCUAUCUGUUUCUCUUUCUCUCUUUCUCUCUUUCCCCCUUUUGCACUCCCUAGCUCAAUACAUCUAUAGACCUUCGUCUUCUUCUUCUUCUUCUUCUUCUUCUUCUUCUUCUUCUUUUUCUUCUUUUUCUUUUGCUUCAUCUUUUGCUUCAUCUUUUGCUUCAUCUUCGUAUUCUUUUCUUUUAUCUUUCUCGUCUUAACCCAUCUUCAACGCCCUAGUAUCAUCCCCACCUCCUCUUUUCCCCGAUAACCGCGAACUCCUUCAUAUUUCAUCGAGUCUCCUGUUAAAACGUGUAACUCGCUCCAAUGAACCGCAAAGAAUCGAAAGCUCCCGCCAAAAGUUUAUCGCGAUAGGAUUACCAAAUUGAUCAGGUUAACGAUGAACGUCGGAAGAUCUCCCGAGGAGGACGUCCUUCGAUUUACGAAGGACGUGAGAUGUACGGAGAAAGAAAUCGGAUGAUGAUGAAUAUUCACUUACGUCGAUUCGACGCUGAUUAAUCUUAAAAACGAGUGAGAAAACGAGGAAGGAGAGAAAGAGAGAGAGAGAGAGAGAGAGAGAGAGAGAGAGAGAAAAGAUAUGAAGAAGGAGAAGCUGUCGAACGCGUUGAUCGCGUUGGUGCGACCAGAGGCAAGUACCUCGACUUCGAGUAGCUUAGCCAGAAGGCGAACAGCUACUGUCCUUGGUUCCAGGAGAUGGUGGCAGGGUGGUUGUUGGGCAACCAGAAGCCACCAGGAGGCCUACCUUCGACGACUUUACGCUAGAAAGAACGAACAACAUACCGCGAAAGGCAAUGCCGAGGAUAGGAACGUCGAGGUCGAAGGUCGAAGGUCAGAACUUGGAAAUAGUUGGUCGCAGUCCCAGAUCGUUUACGAUUUACCAGCAAACGGUGAACAUUACCUCGACGAUUUCUUGAGAAAUCGUAAGGGCGAUACUAACGAGGUCGACGUCGAUGUCGUCGACGUAGAAGAAGAGGAUGUCGUUGGUGUUAUGGUCGGUUGUCCGGCCCUGACGGCCUCGCGUGCCAGUCCCACGGAGAAGUGCGUGGAAUACUUGAACGGUGCUCAUGACGCGACGACCACGGUGAACUUUGAAAACGAUCGUCGCGAGCCCAAUCGUAUCAACGAGUGUGGAUCCUUGCAUUCUUGUUACGAUGUCACGGAAAAGGUGUGCAGAAGCUGCAGGUGUCCAAGGGAAGAACAUCAAAGAGGAUCGACGGAAACGGGCGGCCCAUCUGGAUUGGGCCUUGGCCCGGGUCCGCCGAUGGCGAUGGCAAUGGCGUUUCAAAGCGGUGCCGGGGCAGGCUCCCAUCAGGAACCGUUCAAGAGCCCGGUGCAAGCGGCACCGGCUGGUCUUGCUCUCCAGGAAGCUCUGAUGCAUCAUCAGAGGCACUCGCAAAGCGACGACGAUAGCGGAUGCGCACUCGAAGAGUACACGUGGGUACCGCCUGGCCUGAGGCCUGACCAGGUGCACCUGUACUUCAGUAGUCUACCAGAAGAGAAAAUACCGUACACGGGUAGUGCCGGUGAACGCGAGAGGGUUAAGCAACUGCUUCAGCAGCUACCACCGCACGAUAACGAAGCCAGAUAUUGUAGCGGUCUUUCGGAGGAAGAGAAACGUGAGUUGAGAGUUUUCGCGGCACAACGGAAACGGGAAGCUCUUGGUAGAGGACAUGCGAGUCAAUUGGAGAGGCCACACACCAGCGGAUGCCGAGAAUGCUCGAGGCCGAUCGCAACCGGUGAGAUGGCAGUUGCAGCGAGUCGUGCAGGUCCUUCUGCCCUUUGGCAUCCUGCAUGCUUCGUUUGUUGCGUCUGUCGUCAACUCCUCGUUGAUCUCAUUUAUUUCUGGCGAGAUGGGAGACUCUAUUGUGGCCGUCAUCACGCUGAAACAUUAAAGCCACGAUGUUGUGCCUGCGACGAGAUCAUUCUAGCUGACGAAUGUACCGAAGCCGAAGGAAGAGCCUGGCAUAUGAGACAUUUUGCAUGUCUCGAGUGCGAUAGACAGCUAGGUGGUCAGAGGUACGUUAUGAGAGAAGGACGACCAUAUUGUCUACGUUGUUUCGAUGCCUCCUUUGCCGAAUAUUGCGAUAGUUGCGGCGAGCCGAUAGGCGUUGACCAAGGUCAAAUGUCACACGAAGGUCAACAUUGGCACGCGACCGAAGCAUGUUUUUGCUGUGCCACUUGUCGUACCUCACUUUUAGGCCGUCCUUUUCUUCCUAGACGCGGUGCUAUUUAUUGCAGUAUAGCCUGUAGUAAAGGAGAACCACCAACGACUCCGAGUGAUUCUUCGGCCGGUCCUCCACCUCCGCCAUCUUUUCUUAGAGGUAGAAGACAAACAGUACCAACGAGCGAAGGUUCCUCGAGUCCACCACCACCUCCACCUCCUCCACCACCGCCAGGAUCCAGACACGUUUCAGGAUCCCUAAGAAACUCGCCAAGAUUGACAAGGAAACAUCAGCAGGUCUCAUCCUCGAUUGCGACAACCCCAACACAGAGUACCUUGAGUCCAGAAUUCCCAACGGAGGGAUUUUCCACUAGUGGAUCUAGGGGUGGAGGUCUCGAUAGGGUACUUCUCGAAAGGAAUCUCGAGAGAUUGUUGCAAGAACGUGGCUCUCACCCUGAAGAAAAUCGUAGCGAUUUGGGAAGACUAAUGCAAGCGAGGGAUCGGGAGCCACUUCGAUGCGUUCAAAACUGUACACCUUCCCACGCUUCAAGCAUGCCUGAACUCCCAGCGCCUACAUUGAGAGCUUCACCUUCAACGUCGGUACCACCUUCUGGUGGUAUUGCAGCUGGUGCAUCGACGAUUACGUUAGCACAAGAAUCGCCAAUCUCGCCAACGAAUCUCGCUACAAGUCAAACGGAUCCACCGACGCCUACGUCGCGACGUGUGCGAUUCCAAGGUGACUUGGACGUAAACGAUCAUGGGGCAACACCAUCGUCUAGUAAUGUCCCUAUUUCACCAGCUAACGAUACCAAUUCAUCAUCCUCGCCAUCUCCACCACCAAAUAAUCCUUUGUCCAGGACGAACGUUCCACGAUCGAGAAGUUUGCAACCCGAGGAGGUCGCAAGUACGUCGACUUGGGGUGUGGCCAGUUCGUCAAGGUCAAGACUGGACGAGGCAGAGGAUGCUGAAAGUUGCUGUUCGACUUGUAGUUCUUCUAGUAGUUCUGACGAGGCCGCAGCAUACGCUUUACCACCUAGAAGAGCUUACGGUGGUGUACGUAUUUCUUACGUACCGAAUGAUGCGGUUGCGUGCGCGCGGAAACGGACUCAACCGUCUUCUUCCUCGUCAAAUCAAGCUCAAAAGGACACCGAAAAAUGCGUCGUGUCUUGAUGAUCGUGCUUAAAUAUCCGUAGGACAUCUUGCGGUUUUUUUAUUACGCUUAACGUUUGUACGAUCGAUGGAUCUCCUUCCUCUUGGUGUGCGCGACGAGAAACGAGCAAAGACUUUAGAGACAAAAAUAUUGAAGGGAAAAGAAAAAAAGAAAAGAAAUAAAAAAAAAGAAGAAGAAGAAGAAGAAGAAGAAGAAGAAAGAGAGAAAAAAAGAAAGAAAGAAAAAAAAACAGAGUUCCUAAGCGUUACAAUAGUGUACGCUUUUCAGUAUCUUCCAGAGCAUAGGCCUUUUCGUAUAUUUUGUUCUCGUUAAUGUUCGUUUCAACUUGAAAACGCAAUUUCCUUGAUGGCAAGUCUCAUUGUAAGCGUCUAUAUAUUGUUGAACAUUCGCAUAGGAAAGUUUACAGAAUAAGUUCUUUUUUUUUCUGUUUUUUUCUUUUUUUUUUUUUUCAACUAUUUACAAUAGUACCAUAUACAAUCGGAUUACUAUAAUAAUUUCAUUCGUAACGAUUAAGGUAUCGUUAUAUAAAAAUCAUUCAUUGUUAUUCGUAAAGAAAUUCCUUAAGUUCUUAGAAACAAUCUAUUUUCAUCGAACAUUCUCUCGAAACAUUCCUAAGCUCGUUUGCAACAAUAUAUAUAUGCGACAACGAUAAAAACAAUAAUAAUAACAACGAUCAAAGAUAUUUCAAAUAGAGACCGACUGAAGACUUUUCUCACGAAUUUAUUCGUAUCGGAAAAUCUCAGUGACAGUUUUUGCCUCGCGGCCAUACACCCUCAUCUAUUUUUAUUAUUCUCGUUGAUGUACUACUUGAUGACGAUAAUAAUAAUAAUAAUGAUAAUGAUGUUAUAUUUUAAAGAAGA